ACUGUCCAGUGUAUAUAUUUUGAGAGAUAAGUUGUUAUGCAUUUGGUAUUUUGUUCAGGUCGCAAGUUUAGUGGAGCAGAAACAAAAUCACCAUAAUGAAGAUUUUUCUAGUAUUAGUUAUUUGUCUUUACGGGCCAGUCCAAGGGCAAUCCCCCGAAUUCUGGAACGCCCAGGCCCGAUCCAGUAUCAAUGACGCUCUGAACCUUGAAUAUAACAUCGAAGCGGCCAAGAACGUCAUCGUCUUCGUAGGCGAUGGCAUGGAUGUAUCGACCGUGGUCGCCUCCAGGAUACGACAAGGCCAACAGGAAGGCGUUGAGGGGGUCAGCAACGUACUCGCCUGGGAGGAAUUCCCGUAUGGGGGUCUCGUAAAGACGUAUUCUACUGACUUCCAAUCCGCCGACUCUGCGAGUACCGCUACCGCAAUCUUCGGCGGUGUCAAGACCAAGGAUGGGGUGAUCGGACUCGACGACGACGCCAAACGCGGUGAUUGUGCUUCGGCGGCCGGCAACGAAGUCGUCUCCAAUCUUCAUCUUGCACAUACACAAGGCAAGUCUACAGGCUUCGUCACCACUGACAGCGUCACGGGUGCCACGACUGCCGCCCUCUACGCUCACUCACCGGAGAGGGAUUGGAACAGCGACGCAGAUAUACCUCGAAUGCAAGAAGAGUGUAAAGACUUGGCCUACCAAUUGAUCAUGGACAAUGACUUCAUCAAUGUCAUCCUCGGUGGCGGGAGACAAGAAUUCCUGCCAUCCAGCCUUGAGGAUCCCGAGUAUUAUGACGUAUAUGGUCGACGUACAGAUGGGAACGACCUGAUUGGUCAAUGGAAAGCAGAGAAAAAUGGCGCCAACUCGCGGUACGUGUGGAGCAAAGACGAAUUCGACAACGUUGACUCGACGACAACUGAAUUUCUACUUGGUCUCUUUGAACCAAGUUACAUGCGCUACGGAGCCGAUCGCGAUGCCGAUGGUGUCGGGGAACCCUCUCUUGCAGAAAUGACCGAGAAAGCUAUCAAAGUCAUGGAGAAAGAUGAAGAUGGAUUUUUCCUCGUAGUAGAAAGUGCUUUGAUCGACCUCAGUCAUCACGUGGGAAAAGCCGGCGAUGCCUUAGCCGAGACGAUAGAGCUAGCCAAGGCAGUAGAGAUGGCCAUGACGUUGACUGAUCCAACGUCGACGCUUAUCGUUGUCACAUCCGACCACGCCCAUACCAUGGGCAUUAUGGGAUAUCCCAGCAAGAACAACCCAAUUCUUGGUACUGUUGAUGACCAGGAGUCGCUUGACCGCUUACCCUACACCACACUGACAUAUCUGAACGGACCCGGGGGCGUUAAUGUCCAGUCCAGCUGGGAGAGCAAUGGUAACAGACGAGAUUAUAGUGGUGUCGAUACAGAGUCACGUGAUUGGGUACAAGAUGCCAUGAUCCCCCUACAAGCAGAGACACAUGGUGGAGCUGACGUCCCUAUAUACGCCCAAGGCCCUUGGUCCCAUCUCUUCGCUGGAGUCCACGAGCAGAACUACAUCGCACACGCCGUGCGUCACGCCGCAUGCCUUGACGCAUCCGCAAGUAGCGCGUGCGCUGUAAGUGGAUCCCAAGAUGACGUCAUGGGCAUCAGAGGAGCUCGCCCCGGCUACCACGGACGCUAAUUUUAUGUUGAAGAUUUCCUGUUAUUUCGAUUGUGCCGUAAAUAUUGUUAAUUAAAACAAUAGGCCUACACUAGUAAUGCAAGAAUACGCUAAUACCGAAUUUCUGAACAAAAUAGCAUUUUGCAUUAACAGUUCUUAACGAAGUAAAAUUGUUUUAUUUGAAAUUCGGCAAAAUACUCUAGGAAUAAUAAAUCUGGCUUCUGCUUUGCUUCAAGCAUUGUGGAUUAAGUACAAUCCGAAUAAGCUAGACAAGUCGCAACCGAUUAUGACGUCAUUACGAUUUGGAAUUAAAUGGUGUAUUUCUGUCUACAGGGAGACUCGAAAAUACAGGUACACUAGAAGUUACAUUUUGUUAUUCACAGGCCUACAAUCGAUUGAUUUUGAUCGUUAAGAUUUUAAAAUUGAUACGUUCAUAUUAAAUGAUAUUACAAUUUCUUUGAUAAUCGGAUCACAACGGAUCGUGUGGUGCGCGCCGGGCUUUUGAGGAUCAACCACCGCUUAAAAAGAUAUACAUUAAUUUUACCCAACAUUUAGUGCAGGAGCAGAAAGCCUCGAUUAUAUCUGUCUUGUUCUAAAUUAUCAAAAAUUAUAUAAUUAUAUUUGUUUUCAAAUUUCAUCUUGAUUGCUUACUCCUUCAUCGCAGUCUGUUUAAUGUCACGGAAUUUCAUUCAAUUUAUGAUGAAUUAAUUAUUCUAUCAGUGAAGUUGCGAGAAUCCAUCUAUGUGCCCCCUAUAAUAAUACGCCACUGAACCCGGUCGUUUAAUUUUUGCCCCUAUGGCUGCCUAAAAAAAUACCCAAAACUUACGCGCAACUUACACGGCCUUUUGUAACAAGCUCAAUGAAUAGAGAUGUGAUAAAAAAUUGUAUUGUUCACAAAAACGCCCUCAAUAUUAACCUUAACAAUGUUAUGCGUUUUUUAUAUCUGUUCUUCAGUAAAACGUUAUAGUUGUAAUUUCCGACAGAAGUACAGUCAUAAUCGAAUUAAAAUUGGAGUACAUGAAUAAAUAAAUGAAUGAAUGAAUAAAUAAAUAAAUUAAUGAAUUAAUUAAUAAGUAAAUAAAUAAAUAAAUGAAUAAAUAUGCGAAAUAGACGUUUCCAGAUCAGACACUUUCCGACCUGAAGAAAUAAAGGAAUCCUUUAUAACAUUCUUUCCAAAGCACUAACUUGAAGGAAGAAUCACUAUUUACAUCUUCCCUCGCCUAAUAUUCCAUAAUUGUGAACAUUUAUACAUACAAACAUUGUUUAUAUUUUCUCUAAUUAUUGCUCGUGUUCCAUUUCAAUUAAUUAGCUUAUAUUUACAUAUCAUGUUGAG